AUGGUUGACGAGUAUUGCGCACUGAAAGUUUACAAAAUGACACUGUCUCAAUUCAAAAACAGAUCGGAAUAUGUGCAAGAUGAUUAUCGCUUCAAAAAUCCACGUCGAGUACUACGUGUCUGGGCCGAAAAGGAAUUCACAAAUCUGAAUAGGAUGGUACGAGGUGGUGUGAAAUGUCCGGAACCUAUCCGGCUCAGAAAACAUAUCAUGAUCAUGUCGUUUAUUGGCUCAGAUGGUAUUGCGGCACGUAAAUUAAAGGACGUGGAAUGGAACGAUCCCGAAAUUAUACAUGAUGCAUUCCUGCAAGUGAAAACAGUUCGUGCCUUUUUUUUCUUCUGCAUUUUCUUCGAAGAAUUGAAAUUGUUUCGUGGUUUUGCCGAUGCUACAGUAAGGCAUUCCUGUAGUUUUCCCCCUUGA